AAAUUGCAACCCACACUCAGCCAGCUACUUCGAAUCUUUGUGGACUCCUUCACAGUGCAGCUCCUCAACCUCCACCUCACCGUGGCCCUUGCUGGUCUGCAAAUCCUGGGGAUCGUCCUGUCACUGCUUGGCUGGGUGAAUGCCCUGGUGUCCUGUGCCCUGCCCCUGUGGAAAGUGACUGCCUUCAUCGGCAACAGCAUCGUGGUGGCCCAGGUGGUGUGGGAGGGGACGUGGUUGUCCUGCAUGGUGCAGAGCACAGGCCAGAUGCAGUGCAAGGUGUCUGACUCACUACUGGCGCUGCCGCAGGACCUGCAGGCUGCCCGAGCCCUCAGCGUCAUCACUCUGUUGGCCCUGCUCGGCUUCCUGAUCUACCUUGUGGGAGCCAAGUGCACCACCUGCGUGAUGGACAAGGACUCAAAGGCCCGACUGGUGCUCACCUCAGGGAUCAUCUUUGUCAUCUCGGGGAUCCGGACCCUGAUACCCGUGUGCUGGACAGCCAACACCAUCAUUCGAGACUUCUACAAUGCCCUGGUGGCUGAGACCCAAAAAUGGGAGCUGGGAGCCUCCCUCUAUGUGGGCUGGGGUGCCUCCGGCCUUUUGUUGCUGGGUGGGGAGCUACUGUGCUACACCUGCCCCUCUUGGGGCUCCCAGGGCUCCAGCAAUUACAUGGCCCAAUACUCGGCAUCAGCCCCACAUACCACCUCCCGGGGUCCCUCUGAGUGCCCCACUAAGAACUGCGUCUAA